AUGACGAACUUCAAUAUUCAAAUCAUAUCAGACACCGUGUGUCCGUGGUGCUUCGUAGGCUACCGCCGGCUCUCGCGGGCUAUAACAGCCCACAAAGCCACCAACCCAGCAGACACAUUCAGCCUGCACUGGAAAGCAUUCUACCUCAAUCCAGCCAGCGCGCCCUAUCCGGGCAUCAACAAGGCAGAGAUGUACACGCAGAAAUUUGGCGCGGAGCGCAUGAGCGCGAUCUUCUCUCGUCUUGCGGCUGCAGGUGAAGGGGACGGGAUCCAUUUCUCGUUUGGAGGGAAUACGGGAUCGACGCGGGACUCACAUCGCUUGCUUUGGUAUGCUGGCCAGCGGGAGGCUGAGAUGGAGAAGAAGGAGGAGGAAGAGGGGGAGGAGAAGAAUAUUACUGAUUUGAGGGUUUUGGUUGAGGCUGCUGUUGGUGCUGGGUUGGAUGGGGAUGCUGUGAAGAAGAUGUUGGAUGAGGAUGUUGGGGGUGAAGAAGUGGAUUUGGAGGCUAAGACUGCUGCUAGGAGGUUGGUUUCUGGGGUGCCUUAUAUCUCUGUGCAGGGCAAGUAUCAUGUUGAAGGUGCGGAUGAGCCCGAGGCCUUUUUGGAGAUCUUUGAGAAGAUCAAGCGGGAGGAGUAG